CCGAUUAACGUGUCUCGAAAAUAAUGCGUGAUUCGUGCAGCUUUUUAAAUUGAUUUUCUGAAUUAGCAGUGAAUUUCAUUAGAAGAUUUUUUCACAGAUAACCGUAAAUGGCGUCUUUCUUUAUGGUAGAAGAACUACUGCCGAAUCUACAUGCCGCUGGAAUCCUUAGGAGUUCAGUUCAUUUUGCAUUAUCAGGAAAAUGGAGCUGUUAUUCCUAAAAUGUUAUUUAUAACAUUUUGAGGAAAAUUAUUAAGUUCUUUUGGAAUGAUUAUCUUUGCAGAUAUAUGGCCCAUAUCCCCUACAUAAAACUACAAUAUUAGGACAUAAACGAAAUUUAAUUUUCUUACUUGAACAUGGAAUGUCCCCAAAUUCCUCAAAUUUUGAUGGCGUGACACCUUUGCAUGAAGCUUGCAUUCGGGACAAAGUAGAUUAUGCUGACAUUUUAUUGAAGUAUGGAGCUAAUGUGAAUGCUGUCAGUGUUGAUGGAAGCACACCUAUAUGUGAUGCAUGUGCUGUUGGAAGUGUGCAAUGUGUGGAAUUGCUGAUGAAAAUGGGUGCUGAUGUUAAUCCUCCUUUAGCGCUUAGCACUCCUCUCCAUGAAGCUUGUUUCGGAGGUAGCUCUGAGUGUGUGUCACUUUUAAUAGAAGCUGGUGCUUGUAUGAAUGCUAAUGAUUGCCAUGUUGGUACUCCUCUUCAUGCAGCAACUUUUAGAAAUCACCCAAAAUGUGUAGAAUUACUAUUGCAAGCUGGAGCCCCAGUAAAUGCUACUAAAAUCCAUGAAACAGCUUUACACAUUGCAGCCCGUGAAAAUUAUGUGGAAGUUGCUGAAGUGCUGAUUAAAUAUGGUGCUAAUGUAUAUGCAAGUAAUAAUAUGAAUAAAUUGCCUGUUGACUUACUACCUGAAACUGAAGGAAGAUUUUAUGACUUACUGAUUCAGACUGCAACUGAACCAGUAAUUUUGAAAGAUUUGUGUCGUCGAAAGAUACGUUCUGUUCUUGGCAGCCAAAGAAUGAAGUGUCUGAAAGAUCUGGAUAUUCCUCGAUGCCUUGUAUUUUAUUUAAUGUACAAGGAAUAGUUUUGUAAAUUAUUUAUUCUCUGAAGUAUUAAUGUAUAUCUUCUUAUUUUUUUGUAUUCUGUUAAUAUAUGGAUAUAAAUUAAAAGAAAUAUUUUAAUUUAA